AUGAAACCCUUCACCCUCAUCAUCAUCUUCUCAUACUUCUUCUCUCAUCUCUCUCUCCAAUCGAUCUUCGGACUCCAAAUCCUCUCCAAAUCAAAGCUCGAAAAAUGCGAGAAGGUUUCGGAUUCCAGAAGCCUCAAUUGCACUACAAAAAUUCUCAUCGACAUGGCCGUCCCCAGUGAAUCAAAUGGGAGAGAGGCUUCCAUUGUAGCGGAACUAGUGGAAGUGGAAGAACAGAAUUCGACUAGCAACAUGCGAACACUGCGAAUUCCACCAGUGAUUACUGUUAACAAAUCUGCGGCAUAUGCGUUGUAUCAGUUGACUUAUAUACGAGAUGUUCCUUAUAAACCACAGGAAUAUUAUGUUGAGACACGCAAAUGUGAGCCGGAUGCUGGUGAGGAUGUUGUGAAGAUAUGUGAGAGGUUGAGAGAUGACAAGGGUCACAUAAUUGAGCACACACAGCCGACUUGUUGCCCUUGUGGGGACCAGCGCAGGGUGCCUUCAUCAUGUGGGAACUUUUUUGAUAAGCUGAUGAAAGGGAAGGCUAAUACUGCACAUUGUCUUCGGUUUCCAGGUGAUUGGUUCCAUGUGUUUGGUAUUGGACAACUCUCCGUUGGAUUUAGUGUUCAAAUUGAAGUGAAGACAAAGUCAACAUUGUCGAUUGUGGUUGUGGGUCCUGAGAAUAGAACUGCAACAUCCAGUGAUAAUUUUCUUCGGGUGAAUCUUAUUGGAGAUUACGUUGGGUACACAAACAUUCCAUCAUUUGAUAAUUACUACCUUGUUAUUCCGAGGCAGGGUGGCACAGGUCAACCACAAAAUUUGGGGAGCAAUUUUUCUAUGUGGAUGCUGCUUGAAAGAGUCAGGUUCACCUUAGAUGGCCUUGAAUGUAACAAAAUUGGUGUCAGUUAUGAGGCCUUCAAUGGACAGCCAGACUUUUGCUCUGCACCAUUUUGGAGUUGCUUGCAUAACCAGCUGUGGAAUUUCUGGGAUGUUAGUACUUCCAACAGAAAUUUAUAA